AUGGAUUCCCUCAAGCUUUCACACUUUAUCAUCACUACAACUUUUCUUACAAUUCCCAUUCUUGUUCUUGUUCUUCCCACUUUGUCCCAUCCCCAAAUUCAAGAAUUUCCAAGAAAAUUAUUGCUCGAUCAAAACACUACCGACAUUAAUAAUAAUGAUCAAUCCCACAACCACUGCGGAGAAAACUGCCCUCCCUGCACCGUCGCGUGCGGCGGCGCGCCGCCGCCUCCGCCGCCGCCGAUCACCAUUUGCCCUCCGCCGCCACCGCCGCCUCCAAUUUGCGCUCCUCCGCCGCCUUGUUGUGGCCGACAGUACCCGCCAAGCCCUCCUUACAUAUACAUAAAUGCGCCGCCCGGUAAUCUUUACCCGAUUGACUACCCGGGUUCGGGCUCGGGUCGGGUUUCCCCAGUCGGGUUGCUCCUUGCUCUUGGGCUGACAAUUUUCGGGUGA